CCUUCCGGUGGGUCGCAGCCGCGCCCAUAAAAAGUGAAACCCACCAGUCACCAGACCUCCUUACCUUCUCCCCCCCUUCCCCAUCCCCAUCACGUCGCCCGGCCGCCCACCGCUGGGACCCCGAGCCCACGGGGCCCUCAACCCCCACCCGCACGCGCGCGCGCCUCCCCUCUGAGCCCUGACCCCCUCGCCGGAGCGGCCGAGCGCGCGCCCAUGGACGAGUACCGGCCGCGCCGGUCGCCGGCUACCGAGCGGUUCGUCGGGUUGUUCUCGUCGCCCUCCUCGUCGCCGACGGAGUCGUCGUUCGUCGCUGGGGAUGAGUUCCACGAGGACGACUUCAUGUUCUCAUCCGCCCCAGUCGCCGCCUCGGACGCGCGGCCCGACGGGCCAGAGAGCCCGACCCGGGUUCCGCAUAGCCACCUCGGUCUCCUCGCCGCGCUGCACGAGGGGGACAAAAGGCUCCUUGUUCGCCGCGCCGGGGGCGGGAGCGGGGCAGCGGCGUCGGCUGUCGCGGCCACCCCGGCCACGCUGCUCCGGCGCAAGGCCACCAUCGCGGCUGCCACUUCGGCAUCUGGUGGUUCGCUGUCGCCCACCCAGUCCCCUGCCUCCGCCGCGUGGGCUAUCCCGGCGAACCCGAGGCCCAAGAACCGCGCACCGGCCCCGCAGUAUCACCAGUCGGCUCCAGUUAAGGUUCCCGUCCGCCCGCCCCAGAAGCCGGCAAUGGACAAGUGGGACGAACUGGACGACGAUGACGAGCUCCGGCACGGGGAUGCCGCCAUGCUGCCCCCGCACGAGAUGGUCGCGCGCGCGUCUGCUGGUGGCGCCGGGCCGGCCGCCCCCUUCUCGAUGCUGGAGGGCGCCGGUCGCACGCUCAAGGGCCGAGAUCUUCGACGGGUACGCGACGCUGUGCUUCGGCAAACCGGAUGGCUCGACUGAAUCCGGCGAGGUGAUGUGGCUCUAGACUUCUAUUCAGCUUAGAGUCAUAGAUUGGUUACAUUAGCAUAUAAUUCUUGUGGCGUUGUAGAUCGGGAGGGAAGAUGAGAAAGUAAGGUAACAGGUUGAGUUUUUUUGUGUGCAACUGCUUGCAAUUUUGAUCUCAGUGAAUUGGAAGGAUGUGUCUGUUAUUACUGAAGUUUCAACAGUAAUAAGAACUUGUGUCAUGUAUCGUAAAUUGGGAGUUUUCUGUAAUUCAGGAGGAAGGGCAAUUUUGUCAACGCUGUUGAGUUUAUCUCGACAAUUCUCAAGGUUUAUUUUUGUCCACUCGAA